UCUACUUCCGCCAUCUAUUUGGCGAGAGGGGGGAAAACAAGUCUCUGUAACUGAUGUCAGAUCAGUUGCAGGGUAACACGUUUGCUGGUUAGACCCAAGUCUUAAAAGCAGAGCUGAUCCUGGAACAGCGGCGGUGCGGAAUAUCUCAUUUUCACCUUGACAUCAGCUAUGGCGACGGCGACAACGUUUAUUCUGAGAUUAAGAAACUUUCUGGCGGGGCGGAACCUUCAGGCAAAGCUUCAGCUGCGUUACGAAGAAAUCGCAAAAAGGACUCAACCUCCUCCAAAACUUCCUGUUGGUCCCAGCCAUAAGUUUGCCAACAACUACUAUGUUACCAGAGAUGGAAGACGUGAAUCUGUUCCUCCGACUGUCAUUAUGUCUUCUCAGAAGGCCCUGGCAGCUGGCAGUGAAGGUCCGGGAAACACCAAGCGUCCGGUCCUGCCUGGCCCUCAGCCAAAAGAUCUCCCACUGUCCACUGAUCAGCCGUACCUCUGAACCCUCACUCACAGUGUCCUGUUCAUCUUUCCUUAAAUAACUCACAUGUAUAUGCUAAAUUAUAUAUUAUGUAUAUGCAUAACCAAACUUUGUGUAUAUACAUCUGGAAACAAGGUUUUUUUUUUUGUUGA